AUGUUCUCGCGUUUCUUGGAGACUACGGGAUCUCGUGCAGCAGCCAAAAAAAAGUAUUUCGAUAUUCUCAGAAGGACAUACCAGGAGACCGGGGUAUACCUGGCGAACGUGCUGGAAGAGAAGAUGGCGAUCUUGUUGGCGGACAAGAUACGAAUGUUUCCAGCGAUACGUGCUUACAUCCUCAGAGAGGGUUUGUUGCGAAGACCAAAUGAGAUGGAUAACCCAUAUCAAGCAGAGAUCGCCAGAUUCAAGAGAACGUUUGCGCUGCGCAUCGGCCACUUGAAUCCCCGCGUAAUCUUCAUGGCCAUGCGACUGGUCGACAGCGACGACGAGCUUCUUCACAAUUUACCUGAGAUAGAACCGGGGAACGCGUUGCGUUUCGCUCUGUCCUUCCGCGCCGGGAACGACAAGCUAUUCUCGGUCGAACGCGAGUACUCUCCACCGCGCAGAGAUGGCAUCGCUCCGAGCCCUCUAUUCGUUUUCAAAAGGUAUUCCAGUCAAGGAAGGAGAGUCUUCCCGACGGGCGAGGAGCUGGUCACGAGCUUGAGCAGCCCCGACAUCCUAGAACAGUUUGGCGAACUCAUUCUCAUCAAACUACGUCGGCUGCGACUUGGGCCGACGGAUGACACGUUCGUGAUCUUCGAUGCAUACAAGCCUCCGUAUUUCAGUCUGAAUUGGCAGGCCCUUCUGCCCGACGAUGACAGGACGGAGACGCAAAAAUUCAUAGAUACCCGAACCUGGAACGUGCCGACCUACACGAUAGAAGCAGAUGCAUUCUUCGACCCCAUCGCGUACGACGAGGUUCGGGAUCGGAGCCAAGCGUAUUUCAUCCAGGAGAACGUACGGGACGGCAGGAUACACAGGGUCUACGAGCCGGAGUCACUCUACAGAUGGUUCGGCGAAGGAGGGAGGGUGAAGUCGCCGAUGACGGACAGGGUCGUCAGGCUGCCCUUCCUGCGCCUCCCAGAGUACCUCAGGUAG